AUGGCUACAGUCUUAUCGACAGCGGAGGUCAUCGCAAGUGCCAAUGAGCUCCUAGCAGCUCAUGAGGCCCUUAUUCUCCGGGUCAGGUCCAGACAGCAGGAGCACCGAGAACAGCUGCGAACGCUGUAUUCACCACCCCAGGAACUUCUCCAGUUGUCUCCGAUUCCAUCUCCGGCGCCGUCGCCUCCUCCAGACGAUUCUCCUCCUCUUUCACCGCUCCCACAGCCCGUACCAAGAUCGGAUCUGCCCCCAGCGAAGAAGGCGCGUGUUUCUCGGUACCACAACUAUGUUCCGGAAGAGGAGACCAUUCGAAACGACUAUUCACAAAGAUAUGUAGACGGUGGCGAAUGGCCUCAAAACUGGGUCCUUGGAGCUGAGCCAGAGCAUCGGUUCGAGGAGUACCCGAAACAACAGCGUCUUCUCAAUCUCAAGAAGUCGUCUGUGAACCAAGUUGCUCUCCCACCCACAUAUCUCCCGUAUGCCGACUUGACCUCCCUACAUCCCAACAAGUUCGACGUUAUUCUCAUCGAUCCACCCUUUUCUUCGAGUUUCACUUGGGACCACCUUCAAGAAAUAUCCAUACCAUCACUCGCUGGGGAUCCCAGCUUUGUCUUUCUAUGGGUAGGAAGUGGUGCAGGGGAAGGGUUGGAAAGAGGGCGAGAAAUACUAGCCAAGUGGGGGUAUCGACGAUGUGAAGACGUAGUGUGGAUAAAAACGAAUAAUACCACCAACCAAGGGCCUGGUACCGACCCACCAACGACCUCUCUGCUGACAAGAACAAAACAGCACUGUUUGAUGGGCAUCAGAGGGACUGUUCGUCGCUCGACAGACAGCUGGUUUGUCCACUGCAACGUUGAUACGGACGUGAUUAUUUGGGAGGGUGACCCAGAAGACCCAACACGAAAGCCACCCGAAAUGUAUACCCUCAUCGAAAAUUUCUGUCUGGGCUUCCGACGCCUCGAAAUCUUCGGCAAACUGUCCUCGCUGCGGAGAGGCUGGGUGACCGCCCUCGCCCCAGGACAAGAUGAGCGCCUGCCCUCCGACGGCCGCUUGCACGUCGAAGGGGAGGAAGGCGGCACCGCGACGCGGUGGAUGCAAGAAACAUGGGAGGAGGGCUUGAAAGAAUUGUCCAACGGUGGCAAGCCUGUCGUGCCCAUGACCGCGGAGAUCGAUGCCCUAAGACCAAAGUCCCCCGUCCGUCCCGGUCAGACGACCUCCACCAACCCUGGACACGCGGGCAGCGGUGGCGGCUCUGGCGGCGCUCUCACAGCGCAGGCGAUGGGCAUGGGUGCAGGCAUGGGUGGCUUGUCCGCUCCGCGCUUCCAAGGCGCCAAUCGUGGAGGCGGAGGUGUAGGAGGCGGGCAAGGACAGAUGAUGGGUCAAAACCAGAUGAUGGUGCAACCGGUGAUGGGCAUGGGCGCGCACCAGAUGGCUGCGAUGGGUAUGGGCAACAUAGACGAGAUGAUGGGCGGGUGGAACCCGAUGAUGGGAGGUAUUGGCGGGAUGGGCGGCGUCAACGCCUCGGGUGGGAUGGGCAAUCGCGGCAUGGGGAUGGGGAACGUCAAUGCUGGGAUGGGUGGAGGAAUUAGCAGUGGCGCAAUGGGCAACAUUGGGCCCAUGGGCGCGAUGCCGAUGCAAAUGAUGGGGCAGAUGGGCAUAGGCAAUGUCGGCGUCGGCGGGUUCCCGAUGCAAGGCGCAGGCCCCUUUGGGACGGUCUUCAACAGCGGGAUGAAUGCCUGGGGCGACCAAGGGCAGUUUGGGAUGGGCGAGGCCUGGGACGACGGGAUGAAUGGGAUGAAUAUGAACAUGCCCAACAUGGCUGGCGGUAUGGGUAUGGCCAGCAUGGGCAACAUGGGGAAUAUGGCCAACAUGAAUGGGAUGGGGAUGAACCAGCAGUGGGGUUCCGGGAAUUUCUAA